CCGCUCAGCGCCGCCAUCUUGGCCGUGGCCGCGCAGGGCCUUGUGGGAAGGUGGAGGAUGCGCAACUUCCUGUCUCCUCCGUCUCCAUGGCAACGGCAUCGCAACAGCGCGGCCUGCGCGGGGCCGGGGGUCCCUGAGCCCCCAAACUUGGGCAACCAGCGCCCGGAGGGCUCCCUGACCCAACCCCGGAGGUCCCUGAGCCCCCAACCUUGGGCAACCAGCACCUGGAGAGCUCCCUGACCCAACCCCGGGGGACCGUGAACCCCCAGACCUGGGCAACCAGCACCUGGAGAGCUCCCUGACCCAACCCCGGGGGUCUCCGAGCCGCAAAUCUGAGCCCCCAAAGCCCCGUGGGGGACCGGGGGAGUUCCCCAAGAGUCUCUGAGAUCCCCAGGCUAUCCCCCGGCUCCACUUCGGUGACUCCACAGCCCCCUGGAUACAGGGACCCUCUGCCCCACCUGGGGGUCCCAGAUCUGACCCCCCACCAUCCCAACACUCCCAUCCCCACUGACCCCUCCCAUUCCGCAGGUUUCUAGCCCCCCUUUCCCUCAGACCCUUCCCCUUUCAGCCCCCUCCAGACACCCACCCGAGGGCACAAGGAGGGGACAAGGACCCCCCCCAGGCCACCCCCUGCCAUGUCUGAGCAGGAGGAGAAGACCCUUUGUGGGGAUCAUGAGGGGACAUCCCCAGGAGUGACCCUCAGCGACAGCCUCGUCCUCACCAGGAGCAGAUCCACAGAGCUGCUGCCCCCCUCCACCAUCCGCCUGGACAGGGAGAACAUCUCCUCCAUCGGGAAGCUCCAGGAUCAGGGAGGGAUCCACAGCCUCUACCUGCAGCAGAACAAAAUCGAGAGGAUCGAGAAUUUGGGCUGUUUUCCCAACCUGAGGUAUGGCAGCUCCUACUUCCAGGGAAAUGGCUUUCCACGGGCUCCCACCUUCCCCUGGCCAGGGAGGGGGCUCAAAUUCCAGCCCCUGGGAGCUGUGACAUCCCCCUCUCACCCUCCCCUGUGCUCUCCAGGUUCCUCUGCCUGGCUGGAAACCGCAUCCAGAGGGUGGAGAACCUGCAGCCCUUGCCUCACCUCUGUGCCCUGGACCUGUCCCACAACCUCAUCCAGGAGCUGGACACAGGUGGGAAGCAGGAAGGGAUCCCAGGGCUGCCAGUGUGUGUGUGUGGAAUACCCAUUCCCACCUUCCCUGCCUCAGUUUUCCCAGCUCUGGGGUGUCAGGGCUGCUCUGGGAGUCGCCUUGGGAGUGGGUGAAGAGCUGGGGGAGUUUGGGGGAGCAGGAAUUUGGCUGGGCAGGGGUGGGGGGCUCAGGUCCCACCUCGGCACCUUUGUGCUUCCUUUUGUCCUGGCAGAGGAGCUGCCCCGGAGCCUCCAAAUCCUGGAUUUAACGGGAAACGAGUGCACCCGGCAGCAGGGAUACAGGGAGCUGGUGUUGGGAGCGCUGCCCCACCUCCUGCAGCUGGAUGCCCAGCCCCUCCGUGGCAAGGAAGAGGAGGGAGGAGGCUCUUCCCGCGGCGAGGAUGAGGAUGAUGAGCUGCUCCCCGAGCCCGGCGGCCCUUUCACCGUGGACAGAGGUUUCUUCGCGGAUCUACGCCGGGAGCUGGUCGGGCGCUCCCAGCGGAGGAGGAGGGAGACGCUGGAGGAGCACCGGGCGCGGCUGGAGGAGCUGCAGGAACGCCGGGAUCUGCUGCUGAGCCGGGAUCGGGAUGGAGCCCCCGGCCCCGCGGCCCCGCAGCCCCAGCAGGGCCAUUCCCGGCCUCGGGCACAGCCAGGGACACCCCUCCGGGGAUCCCGCGGGUCCCAGCGAGCUCCUGGUGGCGUCCAGUCCCGGAGCAAAGCUCUGGAGAAGGAGACUGGUGCCAAAGGAACAGGGAAUAGGCAGUUAUCCCAAAUAUCCCGCAGCAGCGCGGCACAGCGCGGCCGGGAAUAAAGGUUUUGUUCCCACCCCAA